UAUGAAGCUGCAGAAGGCUGAUGCAAAGUUGCACGUUAGGAUCCCGGAGACGUCGCCGGUGCUGGUUUCUAACGGCUGAUUUAGAUUUUUUAAAAUAAAAAGUUGUCACCUUUUGCUUUCAGCGAAGUGUUUUUAGACGUGGGCCGACAUGGCGACGGAGAUAACUAAAGGUGUGGACCAAGUCUCGGUCGCUGAGAUGUACGUCUCUGAUAAACACGGCAGCGACCAGGAUGGAGACGGAUCGGAGGAGAAACCCUUCAAAACUCCCCUCAAGGCGCUGCUGUUUGCUGGGAAGGAGCCGUUCCCGACCAUCUAUGUGGAAUCCCAGAAGGAGGGAGAGCGCUGGGCGGUGAUCUCAAAAACACAGAUGAAAAACGCUAAGAAAGCCUUCAACCGCGAGCAGAUGAAGAACGACGCCAAAGACAAGAAAGAGGCUGAGGACAACGAGAGGAGGGAGAAGAACCUGGAGGAGGCCAAGAAGAUCGAGAUCGUGAACGACCCGAACCUUCCUGAACCUGAGACGGUGAAAAUCCACAUGCUGGAGGCCAAGCGAGGUGAGAGGGUGAAGGUGUUCGGAUGGGUCCACCGCCUCCGGAGGCAGGGGAAGAACUUGAUGUUCAUUGUGCUGAGGGAUGGAACUGGCUUUCUCCAGUGUGUUCUGUCUGAUAAACUGUGUCAGUGCUACAACGGGCUGCUGUUGUCCACAGAGAGUACUGUCGCUCUGUAUGGGACCAUCACUCCGGUUCCUGAGGGGAAACAGGCCCCCGGUGGCCACGAGUUAAACUGCGACUUCUGGGAGCUGGUGGGCUUGGCUCCAGCAGGCGGCGCCGACAACCUGCUGAACGAAGAGUCGGACGUCGACGUCCAGCUGAACAACCGGCACAUGCUGAUCCGAGGAGAGAACGUCUCCAAGAUCCUGCGUGUGAGAUCAACGGUGACCCAGUGCUUCAGGGACCACUUCUUCAGCCGCGGAUACUACGAGAUCACUCCUCCCACGCUGGUGCAGACCCAGGUGGAGGGCGGCUCCACGCUGUUCAACCUCGACUACUUUGGCGAGCAGGCGUACCUGACCCAAUCCUCCCAGCUCUACCUGGAGACUUGCAUACCUGCCCUGGGCGACACCUUCUGCAUCGCCCAGUCGUACCGCGCCGAGCAGUCCCGAACCCGCAGGCAUCUGUCCGAGUACACUCACAUCGAGGCCGAGUGUCCCUUCAUCUCCUUCGAGGACCUGCUGACCCGACUGGAGGAUCUGGUCUGUGACGUGGUGGACCGGGUUCUCAAAUCUCCCGCUGCUCAGCUGCUCUACGACAUCAACCCCGACUUCAAACCUCCAAAGAGACCCUUCAAGAGGAUGAACUACACUGAGGCCAUCGAGUGGCUCAGAGAGCACGAUGUGAAGAAGGACGACGGGACCUACUACGAGUUUGGAGAGGACAUCCCUGAAGCUCCGGAGAGGCUGAUGACCGACUCCAUCAACGAGACCAUCCUGCUCUGCCGCUUCCCGGCUGAGAUCAAGUCCUUCUACAUGCAGCGCUGCCCAGAGGACCAGCGCCUCACCGAGUCGGUGGACGUUUUGAUGCCGAACGUCGGGGAGAUCGUCGGCGGCUCGAUGCGUAUCUGGGACUCUGACGAGCUUCUGGAGGGAUACAAGAGGGAGGGGAUCGACCCGACUCCGUACUACUGGUACACCGACCAGAGGAAGUACGGCUCGUGUCCCCACGGCGGCUACGGUCUGGGCCUGGAGCGUUUCCUCACCUGGCUGCUGAACCGACACCACAUCCGGGACGUCUGCCUGUACCCGCGCUUCAUCCAGCGCUGCCGGCCCUGAACGCACCACCAACCCACACCUCUGGAUCACAGCAGCGCCCCCUGCAGCCCGUUCGAGUCGCUGCAUGCUACAGCAGAAUUCUUAGUUUUCAUGUCUUACUGUGUAAAGUGGAAGCCAGAGACGACGUCGGUUUCCUGAAACAUUCAGGCGGAUCAUGUUUGACGCUCAGCAGAUAAAUAUUUACUCUGGAAUAUUCACAAAGUUCCCAGAUUCAGCCUCACGCUACAAGGAUUAAAACGAUCUCCCCGUUCAGGAUUAAAGGGUAAUAAUGGUUUAACGUAGGAUUUGAUCACCAAAAUAUCUGAUUAUUAUGUACAGUAGACGUUACAGAGAUCAAUGAUCCUUCUUUCUGUUUAUUACUGGUUUCUGCCUAAAGUUUAUUUCCUGUUUAAAUAACUCAACGGUUUUCUGAUUCUUGGAGCGUUUUGUUGCAGAAACCCGUCAAGAAACCAGAACCAGAGGAAAGUUUUUGUUCUGCAUCUUCAUCUGAAAUCCUCCUGCUGAAACUGCACUGAAAUAAAAUGUGAUUCAACCAGGAA